UUCAGUAGUCUUGACCCAACUGUCAUCAAAGAGCUGAUAUCUGUGACAUCAUCACUAUGACAUCAUCAGUGACAUCACAGAAUGUUGCUUUCAGUAGUCUUGACCCAACUGUCAUCAAAGAGCUGAUAUCUGUGACAUCAUCACAAUGACACCAUCAGUGACAUCACAGAAUCUUGCUGUGUACCCCAUCAUGGUGUUUUUGGAAUAACAGGCACACACGCACAUUUUGAGGAUAAAAAGCUUCCAAAACAUGGAAGGCAACCACUGGGAGACUGAAUCCACACUGCGCCUCUACAUUAGGUCCAAGGAGGAACAAAUGAAGGACAGCAGGGCGAAGCUCUUCCCGUUGGAGAUCAAAGAGGAUUGGCUGUUCAACCAGCUCCAGGAACAGAGAGAGGAUGACAAAUGGAGCCAAAUGGAGAAAGAGCUGAUGCAGAGGGAGAUAUAUCACCUGAGAGGUCGGCUGCAUGAGGCCCAGUUGCAGCUGUCCUACAAAGCUGCUGCAGAGUUUGCGACUCAUUUGAAGGCAGAAAAACUGGAGACGGAUCUUGUGUCUGAGAGGGCUCAGACUGAGAGGCUGCGGAGGCAACUGAGCGAGAUGGAGGAAGCUCUUUCCAAACAGAAGGAGGAUGCGAAAAAGACGGAGGACAUAUUACAGGCUUCCCAUCAAGCCCAGCUGGAGGAACACCAGGCGGAGACCAGCAAGAUCAAAGCUGCCCUCAAACAGGCCCAGUACCUCUGCUGGCAGCAGGAGAAAGCUGGACAACUGAACCAGCAGAAAACCUCCCUGCUGCAUGAAAUGGAGGAAUCCAGAGCGCUCAAUGUGGCUCUGCUCGAAAGGCUGAAAAAACAUAACAGUGAACUCGCAGCGGCACUAAAGAAAAAUGAAGAACAGCUACAGACUGCCCGUCGCAAAUUGCGGCAGCAGGUGGAUGAAAUGGAGAAAUCCAGAGUCUCCGAUGUGGCUCGCCUUGACAAGCUGAAACGGAGGAACAGCGACCUCGAGGCAGCACUAAACAAAGGUGAACAAAAGCUGGAGAGUCACCACGUCCAGUGUCAGCAGGAGACACGCGCCCUCUUGGAGGUGAUGGAGAAAUCCAUGGCUCUCUAUGAGGCUCAGCUCGACCUGCUGAAAAAUGGCAACAACAACCUGGAGGCUCGUCUGGAGAGAGUCCAGCAGCAGUGGGAGAGGCAGCGCAUCCACUGGCAGAAGGACAAGUUUUCCCUCCUUCAGGAAAACUCGAAACUUAAGAAAACUCUGCAGGAAAAGGAGCCAGAGCAGGAAGAGAGCUGCAUGAGGCCGAACCUGGAGGAGCCGGAUGGCGAGGCAGGUCACAAGAAAAAGAAAUGGUACAAAAAAACUCUUCUGGUGUAAAAGUAAAACUGGUUCCAACACAGAUAAAAACGACCAGGAGGAAACUCUGGAGGAGAUGGAGCAGGCGUCGCAGAAAUGUCGAUGCGGAUGUCAGCUUUCCCGCUGUGGAUCUCGGUGAAGGUGAGCGGCGUGACGUCACUCCAGAUCUUCAGGGCUUCCCGAAAGACA